AUGUCGCCUCCUCGUGCCCCUUUCCCUUCACACUUUGAUUUCACGACAGCCACGGUUGCUUUUAGCCGACUGGGUGAUACCCGAUCUCAUCCACCUCGUCGGCCUCAUGGAGAACCUCUCGAUGAAGUUGAUGACCGCCAGGAUCCAUACGAAGCGAUCUUGCUCGCCCCCGGGGAGAAGAAGAUCGAGGUCGAGGUUGACACCCGUCUGCCCUCCGCCGCGAUCUUCACCUUCCACAAGGAAGAUCACACCCUGGGCAACAUGAUCCGCAGUCGUCUCCUCAAGACUGCCCAUGUUACCUUCGCCGCGUACAAGGUUCCUCACCCCUUGACGCCCAACUUCCUCCUCCGCGUCCAGACCGACGGGACCAUCACUCCCCGCACGGCCGUCGUCAACGCCUGCCAGGCCCUCAUCAAGGACCUUGGCAUCCUCUCCCGCGAGUUCACCAAAGAGUAUGAACUUCGCAAGAUGGCGAACGCUGCCAACCAGCAGCAGAACAUGGGCGAGUAG